GGUGGUGAUGUCAUCAGCCGAAAUGGUACUUGGUGUUGCGGUAGGUGGAGGGGUUGUGGUGUUGAUAUUAGAUGUUUGUGUGUCGUUACUGGAGGAGGAAGUGGUGGUGGUGGUGAUAGGGUCAAAAUCAUCACCAUUCCCUGCAGUGUUGGUGGUGAUGUCUUGUGGUGUAGUUAAGGGUACAUCACCAGCUGUAACAUCACCAUUAGAUGUACUGGUGACAACAGAGGCAAUGGUGGCGAUUGUGGUGCCAGAUGUAGCAUUGUCGGGGAAGGUGAUCACGGUUUCAUCACCAACACCUUCACUGAGAGCUAAGACAAUUCCUGAAGGCGUAGAAGUGGCGAGGACCUCAGUUUGGUUGGUGGUGAUGAGCCCUGGAAUAGGUAAUGCAGUAGUGGUGGCCGGUGGUGGUGAUGCCUCCUCUGGUGACGCUGUAAUGGUAGUGAUGAUGUCUGUUGGGGUUAUGCUGGUGUUGGUUGGAAAGUCUUGUGGUGAUGUGAUGGUGGCGUCCUUGAAUGGUAAUGUGGUGAAGGGAGUAUUAGUGAUGACGGUGGUGAGGGAAGAGUCAUCCAUAGGUGGCGUAGAGACAUCAUCAGCUGAGGUAGAGGGCGUGAUCGUCGUCUUCGCCCUCAUAGUCGUCGUCGGUGGUGGCCUGGUGGUGGUGCAGGUGGUGGUAGUAGUAGCAGGAGCAGGAUCGUUGAAGAAUCUGUCCUCAUCACCAUCUUCACCGUUCAAGAACUUAUCAUCAAGAGGCAGAAUGGAGGAGAGGCCAGGGACGAAGUGGAAGGAGUCGUCGUCACCAGAUACCAGACAUCAUGGCAAAGGUUGUGUCGCAGGAGACUUAUGAUUCUGUGGUGCUGGAGAAUGUUGUGGACUUUGAGAUGUCACAUGAGGAGGCUCACACUGAGGCCCAGAAGGAGUUUGAGGCCCAGGGAGUGCACCUUGGUAUCAUCGUAAAGGACGGUAAGCCAAGUGCCGACAACAAAGUCAUGGAACACAGCAUACUGGUGGCGCUGCAGCAGGUGAAGUCAGCUCUUGGGGCAGCAGGCAAUGGCUCUCCCAGCCUGAAGGAGGUGGAAGAGCCACUGGCAACCUUCACCACUGCCUGCAAGAUGUCUGUGGCUCAUCGCGUCCUGGCCAGCAAACACGGGGCUUAUGACACCCUGCUCAAGCUUAUUAAACAGAGUCAGGACAAACCAGAAGUCCUGUGUCCUGCCCUACAAGCAAUGGUAGCUCUGAUGGAACUCAACCCUGACAUAAUCAGCACUGAGGGUUUCCGUGUCCUUCUAGAGCUGCUGGAGGACUGGAGCAGGCGCAUGGAAGAGCCUGCUAUCCCUGAUCUGCUGGCUCAGUGGUGUUUGAGUUGCUGCCUCAAGCAAGAGGACAACCGCCAAAGCCUGGUAACCCUGGGUGCACUGGGAGCCCUGGUAGGGGUGCUGCAGGCCCACCGUGGCAGCCCUAGGGUGGUGCGGACAACUUGCAGGGCUCUCAGAUCCUUCACACUGGACGACGAUGUGCGGCAGGCAUUCGGCAAAGCUCACGACCACGCCAGGCUGCUUGCUGAAGAACAUGGGCUUAUUAAAAUCUGUCUAGAUCUGAUUGAAGAAUGCCUGAGUGAUGGAGACACGACCAGCGAGCUGCUGUACACAGUGGCCAAAAUGUGUGUGCGGGCCGAAUACUGUCAAGAGGCUCUGGACCGCGGUGCCCUGCUGGUCAUCAACGACGUGUUCAUCUCCUUCCCUGACCGCCCUAUCCUGAACAGGCAGGCACUGUCGCUGCUGAAGACGCUGGUGGGCAAUGACAAGGUGAAAGAGGAGGCCAUGAAGUCUGGUGUGUCCCAGCUAAUCGUGGCGGCCAUGACCAAACACGAGAAUGAGCGUUCCGUCAGUGAGGAAGGGUGUGGCGCUAUCUCCAUGCUGGCCCUCAGAGUACCGGCCAACGCCAAGCAGCUGAUGGAGGAUGGGGCGGGCCGGGUAGUGGUGAGGGCCAUGGAGGCACACCCCAAGGCCAAGCAGGUUCAGAAGCUGGGCUGCAUGGCUGUGCGGAACAUGGUCUCCCGACUUCCAGAGAACAAGCAGGUGUUUGUAGAGUACGGGGUGGAGGCUGUGAUCCACUCAGCCCUUAGGAACCAUGGGGAGGAAGUCAAGGACAUAGCCCAUGCUGCCCUUAGGGAUCUGAACCUCAAGGUGGACUUAAAGGAGCAGUGGAGGGGCACUGGCCAUGAAAUCAGCCGCUAAAUCCACCCAAGUCAGUGCCAUCCAUCUUGCUCCUUGUUGGGUCUGAUGGAUAUUCCUCCUGAAUGGAUCUCCCUUGGCAUCUGUAGGUGAACAAGGUACAGGCAAAGUCCAUUAUAUGAUAGUCUAGUAUACAUUCAUUCUGUUCCAACAAAUGACCCAUUAUUUAAUAGGCACUAUAAUGAUAACUUGAUAACUCAUCCACUCUCCCAAACCUUGAAAUGGAGUUUAGGACCCACCAGUGAGAUAUUUAAGAUGUAUUAAAACCAUCUUGCAACUGGUCUGUGCAUUUGUAGCAGCUGUUGCAUUGUUUGCGUGUUGAAUAAUUAUUGAACUAUUGUUUGUUCAGCGAAUCAAUGCUGGAAGGAGGAAAGUGCUUUUUAUAUCUUAAAAGAAUUUAGUGUUUUGGUGAUGGAAAUUUAUGCUGUAUAGCUACAUUGGGUCCAAGGACAAUUCUUCCCUGAGCCCAUGUUUUAAUAGGAUUAUAGGUAAAGUAAAGUUAGGGGCUUAUGCUAAGUUUCAUGUGGCCUUGAUGCUCAUUCCCAUCACAUUAGCCAUAGUGGGUAAGAAUCCAUUAUCCUGAGACACAGGACAAAUAUGACAUCUGGGUUACUAUAGUAUAUUUUCCUAGGUUUCCCUAGAUACCCAAUUAUCAAUCUGCUCAAAUAGGAGGAUGAACAGCUGCGUGGACCGCGCGCCAACUGCCCAGGUUGGGAUCAAACCCAGGCCCAAGGAUUCAUAGCAAAACAUGCUAACCACUGCACCACAGGGGCACAUUUAAAAGGGUUAGUAUAGGAUAAAUUGCUGUACAAUAUGAUUCCCAGAAAUGUAUUACCAUAUAACAGACUUUGCCUGUAAAGGAAAUGCUCAUCAAUUUUCACACACCCUCACAAUUAGUACUCUAUCAGGGAGAAUGAUGCUUUGAAAAAUUGAGCUGACGGUAUUUAAUUUAUACUUCAUCUCAAUUUUUAGCAUUUUGUUUUCCCUGAUAAUUAUGAGUACUAAUUACAAGAGUGUACAAAUUGAUGAUGAAGUCCCAUACAAUUUAUUAUAUUUUUCACACUCAGGAAUAAUGCUGUGGACUGCUUUAUUAAUGUGGCUGGUUCUUAGUGGGUGUUAGGAGCCGACUGUUAGUUUUUUUAACUCAGUGGUUAGAGUGUGGGUGGUUAGUCCAGCACUAAUGCUAACUAGUUGCUUUUCAACAAUUGUAUGGACUGGGUACUAGGCAGAGUUGUAGACCAGAGUCAUUGUAGAACAUAUGUUGACAAUACCAAGGUCACUGACUUUGUCUUUGCCAAUGAUGCAGUAAUCCUCGCAGAGUCAAUGGAGGUCACACAAGUUGUAUGUAGGCAUACUUCAAACAGGAAGGAAAGGUAGAGACAAAAGAGUUUGACCAGGCAAGGUGUCAGCAUGGAAGCAGCUUUUAAGGGCAAUAGGAGGCACUCCAUCAGGUCCAUAAGCCAUUGAGGCCAGAAAGGGCAUAGAAAACAGCAUUCUGAAGCAUUUAAAAAAGUGGAGUUAGAGGGGGAAUGAGUAGGAGGAAUCUGCCCAAUAUUGUCCACAGUGGCUCACUACACUGAAAUACUACUCAUACUUACAAAAUUAUCAUUUAGGUAAUUAGGAAUUUUCUCUUAUAACAUGAUAAAAAUAGCUUCAACAUGCCCAAAUGUAUAGGCAUGUCUUCAAUAUUAUCUUACAUUGCUGUGGUAAUCGAUGUCAAGUUCUCUGCAAAUUGAUAUUGAAAAAUAGCUAAGUAAUAGUUAGGUCAAUCCUCUGGCCAAGGAAGAGGAAAUUAAAAUUCUGGUGGUAAUAGGCAUCAACAUGCCCAGCUAUGAACGGGCCAAUUAAGGUCCAUGCUGCAUCUCACUCCUUAAUUCUUGUUGCAAUAAUAAAUACAUUAAUUUAAAAAAAUGCAUCAUGAAAAGUAGCAUUUAUGAAUAAUUUGUCACCAACUAAUUUAUCAUAUAGUACUUGCAUUUAAUAAAUAAAAUAGGCUUGUGCCUAGAUACACACAAAAAAAUGAUGAGCAGUUAAAAGAUUGGUGGAGGGAUUUAUCCAGAACUCUUGCUAUUCUUUUACCCUUGCUUGCUGCUCCAGAUAUUCAAACAUUCACUGAAUCAUGAAACCAUAUACUCAUAGUAGCUAAUCUGUGAUACUAAUGAAGACUUGCAUUCCCCAUCUUACUUGUUUCAGAAAUAAUUUAAAGGCAACCUUUUAAUUUGUGUGAGUAAAUUUUGGUGUGUUUGCUGACUGGUAACAGAAUGGUGACUGUAGCAGGUGUUUGUGGAAAAGUUAAAAUGUAUUGUGACCAACUGACUGCAUGAAGCACAAAGAACUAAUGUGUUAAGUAAAUGUAAUGAUUAACUGACAACUGUAAUUGGUGAUUGGCAGGUGUUAUAAGAAAAGUUGAGACAUUGUGCCUAAUAGACUUUAGUGCACGAGGGUCUUAUGUUCUGGAACACUUUUUAAAAUGCUAAUUAACCGUUGGAAGGCAGGAUCGUAAGUGUGGCAGGAUUUAGCUUAGCGGUUAAAGCUGGCAAUGAAGUACAAGGAACUAAUGAGUAGCUGUAAGCUGGCUGCAUUCCUAUCCGUUCAGUGCUUGAAUGAUACAAGGGCUAAGGUGACAGUACUUUGUGGUUACUAUGUACUUAACUGGUAAAACUAAGUGUUGGUAUACAAUGGGUAAUAUUAACCUGUUUUAUGGUAACAAUGUCUGAAUCUAAUCUUCAAGCUUUAAGUAAGUUAAGAAAAAUGUUGUAAUCCUUUAAAUCCACAUCACAAAUGAGUACUGUGUUAUGAUGAUAGCCACUCCUAGAGUUUGUACUCCUUCAUUAAUACGCCGAGUUACAUGUUACAGUAAUUUGAGUUUGGACCAGAAAAUUAUAUUACAUUAGUAGUUGGUUGUUAGUGAUCCUCCAACAGUCUAACUGGUGCAUCAUUUUGUAAGCAAACUUCAAAAUUAUUUAAAAUAGGCUGUAUAAUCUUGUUCAUAAUAGUGUUAUGCAGAUGAUUAUGUACAGAAACUGAUAUGUCAAAUCGAACCAUUCUUAUGCAAGUAAACUACAACUUGCUUGAAGAUUGUCAAACUAAAUUCUUACAUAAACUAAAAAAUAUUUUGACUGGUGACUAAAUUCUUCUUACCUUUUGUCAAAAAAUGUGUGACUGACAAAAGCCAGCAGCUCUGACUUGCAGCUUCAGGUUACCAUGCAAAGGAUCAGCAUUUGGCAUUGCUUGUGUCCAGCAACCUAAUGUAGAGACUGGAGCAUGUGAAGCCUUGCUUUUCACACACAUCAUAUACCAUACAUCUGAAAACAAUGAAUUGUUAUAAAAGGCUGAUUACAAUUGUCUUUUAUACUAACAAUUCAACUAUUUUAUAGAAAGAGCUGGUAGUACAUGUGAGUUUUCUUUUUUAUAUAGGGUUUUACUGACUAGUACUUCCCAGUUCAGGGGUCUGCUGGUUUGUCUCAUAUAGUAAGGGGACAAAUAUCAAAGUGUGUUGUUAGAGGUGACUAAAGGGAUGCAGCUCCUUCUAUACAGGAGGUUGGGGUUGGAAACUGGGCCCACUCAACUUGGCUAUAACAUGUGCCAAGAUGGUCACAUGGCCUUUUUGACUUCCCAUCUUGCCUGUGCAGGAAAAAUCACACUGAUGAGAUUGAUGAGCACAACACAGGCAAGCCAAAUCUGUAUAAAAACCCAAUAUCCUCAAAGAAAGGUGCACUUAAAAGAACUUGAAAGGUUAUAUAAGUGGUUGUGCAAUGUGUUGUGAUCUCCUUACAGUUGUAUGUUAAACAGUUUGUAUGCACCAUUCCAAUUAGUAGGCUACUCAAGCAAGAAAUAAAACACUGAGCUCAGAUAUUGAAAUUAACGUCAAAAUAAUGAAACUAUAUCAGUCUUUCUUUAGACCAUAGUUGAUUUUCAUGCUGCAGCUCAGCUUUUCAGUAACUUCUUCCUGAUAGAAGUACUAGUUGGAGUGGUGCAGAGGAAUUGCUAAAUGUACUCUACUGGCAGCACCUCUAAACUUAACAUAUUUGUGUUGGUUAAACUCCAGACUUGCAACUUUAUUAUUUUCAAUUAGCAGCACCUCUUAGUUUAUCAUACCUUGAGGAAUCAAGUGCAUCAAGCUAUGAUUACAUUAUUUUGUAGCACUUAAUUUCCUGAAUGUUGCACCAAUCUCAAUCACAAUCAUUAUUACUUUUCAGUCAUAUUUAUGUAGCAAUCAAUACUUUCUUUGCACCAGAUCUCAAGAUUCAUUCCUUCACCCCCCAACACAGCAGUCAAUAUUGUUAGCUUCAAAACUUGCAUACCACUGCUUUGAGAGUCUUGCUGAGUGUUUUAAUAAGGACUACACUCCAUUAUACUCAGUUCACCCGAGUCUGAAAUGUGCAUUAUCAUGCAACGGCAACCUGCAGCUACACGGCGUGUCCAAUUUCGUGGAUACCAUAUGCUAGCCUACGCAUAGUAAACAGUCGUCAGUGUCAAUAAUGUGCAGGCAGCAAUAACAAAUACUGUCAAUUAUAGUCAAUUUUGAGUUAAAAAAAAAAAAUAGUAUGUUGCAAAAAGCUGUUUUGUUAAUAUAAACCCUGCUAAUUUUCUCGGUGGUGGACAGCUUCAAGUCUGUUAAAUAAUCAUAAUCAGCAAUCUUGUAAAUUAACAAAACGGCUAUUUGUGAUAUUACUAAUUUUUUUAACUCAUAAUUGACUAUAAUGGAUGGUAUUUGUUAUUGCUGCCUGCAUAUUAUUGACAAUGACAACUGUUUGCUAUGCGUAGGCUAGCAUACAGUAUCCACGAAAUCGGACAUGCCGAGUGGCUGCAGGUUGCCGUUGUGCGAUAAUGAUCACUUCAUACUCGUGUGAACCAACUAUAGAAGGGUAUGUUCACCAGUACACAUCAUUCCAAUCAACAUUCAUAUUAGAAAAAUGAAGAAUAACCCAGGAAAUUGACCAGAGGUAUAAAUCAGUUAAUGUCAAAAUAAAGUGUAAUUAUCAAACUUUUCUUACAAUAUUUUAAUUUCUGUACCUCAGUUCAAUUCUCCAUUGUAUUUUUGUGUUGUAUUUAUUGAAAUUGUGAGUACAACCUGGCAAACAUACCCUAUUUAUUGUAGGCUAGUGUCAGACUGAGGGUCAUGGAGACAGAUAAGAUGAAGUGAUACCAUAUAACAAAGGUAUAAGCCAAUGGACAUAGUUUUCAUUGUUAUCUUGCUUCAAGCUCAUGGCCAAAACCUCAACCACAACCAAGACUUCCUUUAUCUCUUCGACCUCCAAAAACCUCCUCAACCCUUACAACCUUCUCAACCAUCACCACCACCUCCUGCUUGACCUCCACUACCUCCUCCUCAGUCAUAGUCAGACAUAGAAAAUCAUGUACUCCUGAACAAAUAUGAUGGCAAGAUAUGCAGAUAAAAUCCAUUAUGGUGUCUCUGUCAGUUAUAUGCCUCCAUGGGUUUACUCAACAUUUCACACAUAGCUAACUCGGUAGCUUUGACAGGACUACUUUUGUAUGGCUUUUUUGGAAAUAAAAGUUUAAAUAAC